UAUGAGGGAAAAUGUAUCGUCUCGGCCAACAGACUAUCUCCAAGAUCGCUUUCAAUUCCUUUUUAUCUACUGUGCCACGGGAAUAUUUUCAUUUUACGAGACAAUACAAUAAAAGCUGGUCGUGUAUUGGCUGAUUUUUGAUCAAAUUGUACAUUUGCUUGCACGAAAAUGCCAAGGACCAAGAAGAAGAACAGCAGGGGAGGGCAGCAUGGACAUGUGCAGCCUUUCAGUGAUGAGGAUGCCUCCAUUGAGACCCUCAGUCAUUGCAGCAGCUUCAGUGACACCACCAGUGUAGCAGAUGAAGGUGGAGAGGCCAGCGAGGACGCAGCCCAGGAGGAUUUCCAGUACAAGCUGAAGGGGUUCAUAGACAGCACUGUGGAUAAGAGUGCUAAGACCAGACAAGGGGCACUGGAUGGGCUUAAGACGGCUAUGGCCACACGUAUCCUGUAUGAGUUCAUCUCUGAGAGAAGGAUGACCAUCACAGACAGCAUCGAACGCUGCCUAAAGAAAGGCAAAGGUGAGGAGCAGCGAGCCGCGGCUUCUUUAGCCUGCCUGCUGUGUAUCCAGCUGGGCUCAGGCAUUGAAAGCGAGGAGGUGUUCAAGACCCUGAAACCCAUCUUCAAAAACAUCCUGGCAGAUGGAUCAGCCAACAUACAAGCUAGACAGGCAGUGGCGACAAGCCUGGGCCUCUGUACUUUAGUUGCGGAGGAUGACAUUUUGGACGUGCAUGCUACCAUGGAGUGCUUUGAGAACCUGUUUACCCGGUCCUAUGCUAGGGUGGAUGGUACUUGCCCUUUGAUCAACCCCCAGACAAGCCAGCUCCACACCAACGCCCUGCUGUCCUGGGCACUGCUGCUCACCAUCUGCACUGCCAGCCAGGUCAAAGACAUCUUGCGCAAACACCUGCCUAAACUGCCAACGUUGCUGGAAAGUGAGGAUGUCAACAUGAGAAUUGCUGUAGGGGAGACCAUUGCCCUGCUCUUUGAGCUGGCCAGAGACAUGGACUCUGAGUUUGAGUUUCAGGACUGGGAUGAGCUGUGUGACAAGCUGAACGCAUUGGCAACUGACUGUAACAAGCACAGAGCAAAGACAGACAAAAGGAAGCAGCGGUCUGUGUUCAGGGACGUUCUCAAGGCUGUUGAGGAGGGUGACUUCCAGACUGAGACCAUUCGCUUUGGGACAGAGCGCAUGACCAUUGACAGCUGGGUCAGAAAGAGGACAUAUGAUGCCUUCAGAGAGUUUGUGGGCUCUGGGAUGAACUACCACCUACAGGGUAACGAAUUCAUCAGAGACGUGUUUGAACUGGGACCACCAAUGUUGGUUGAUUCAGCCACAAUGAAGGCCAUGAAAAUCUCUCGCUUUGAAAGACAUCUCCACAACUCUGCUGCAUUCAAGGCUCGGACCAAGGCCAGGAGCAAGUUCAGGGACAAGAGGGUUGACGUGGGAGAGUUUUAGCUUUUUUUUUCCUUCUUUGUUUUUUUUUUUUUUUUUUUUCUUUUGGACUAAUAACCUAUUUAUCGGGCACCCCUGCUUUUUAGAUGAAUUGUCACGACUUCGUGUUCACGUGAUCCUCCCCCGAAAUCUCUCGAGUAUCAAAUGGCACGCACCCUCUGCAGACUUGAAAGGAGGCUUUAUUGCAGAUGCUUUGCUCUGUAGUGGACAGAACUUCCUGUUUAUUGCCACCUCUCAAACCUACAGGAGGCGAGUGUUUGAUUCUCAAACAGAUUUUGUGUAGUGUGUAACUUAAAUAUUAAUACCCAUGAACAGUGGUGUUGUACAUAUACUGUAUAUUUGUUUUCUCCUCUUGUUCGUUAUGUGGCCUUUUUAAAAAAAAAUAAGAAAAAAGAUUAUAUGUAUUAUAAGUUAUCCAGCAUUUGUCUUUGCACCAUGUAGUCCUAUUUAGUUUAGAGCAAUGUCAAGACACAUGUGACUGUUCUAACCCCUUAAUGGAUUUGUGUGGAGUUGCACUACCUUGUUAACCCGUAGCAGGUUAUUUCUGAAGAACCUUGGUGAAUAUUGUAGCGUCUUUUUAGUAUUGGUUAUGUAAUCUAAAGGGCAAGGAUGGUGAAAUAAACACUGAAAAGCU